CCUGUUCGCUGGGAUUGACAGGACGCUUGCAGCAGCAGCAGCAGCAGCACCCCACAAGACGACAGAAAAAAACGAAAAAGAACCAGGCGAAACUCGGAGGACAUAGAGGGCUGGGAGGGGAACGAAAGCGCUACGAAAAAUACAUAGACGUACAGAAAAAUACAAAUCUGCACCUUCAACCCUUUGGCUCGCCGUUCCACCCUCACGUGCGCGGCUGCUCCAGAUUCUGCUCGCGCCCUGUGUGCUGACCGGAGCGCGCGUUCCCCCUCUCUCUCUUUCUCUCUCUCUCUCUCACACAACCAGUGUGUUCUGCUGAGAAGCGACCGAACCCGGUGCGAACCGACAGCCUUUGACCAGAGAGGAUGGCUGAUAGGGAACAACUGAUCCAAAGAGCCCGUCUGGCGGAGCAGGCGGAGCGCUACGAUGACAUGGCCUCCGCGAUGAAGCUGGUCACAGAGCUGAAUGAGCCAUUGUCCAACGAAGACCGUAACCUCCUUUCGGUGGCCUAUAAGAACGUAGUUGGGGCCCGGCGGUCAUCUUGGCGUGUCGUAUCCAGCAUAGAGCAGAAGACGGCGGCGGAUGGCAACGAGAAGAAGCUGGAACUGGUGCGUGUCUACCGAGAGACCAUCGAGAAGGAGCUGGAGUCGGUUUGCCAAGACGUCCUCACCCUGCUGGACCAGUACCUCAUCAAGAACUGUGACGAAACCCAGGUGGAGAGCAAGGUCUUCUACCUGAAGAUGAAGGGCGACUACUACCGGUACCUGGCCGAAGUGGCCACCGGCGAAAAGAGGGCCUCUGCCGUCGAAUCGUCCGAAGGCGCCUACAAAGAAGCUUUCGAUAUUAGCAAGGGCAUGCCGGCCACCCAUCCCAUCCGCCUGGGCCUGGCGCUCAACUUUUCCGUCUUCUACUACGAGAUCCAAAACGCGCCCGAGCAGGCCUGCCAGCUUGCCAAGGAAGCCUUCGAUGACGCCAUCGGCCACCUGGACAAUCUGAACGAGGACUCCUAUAAGGACUCCACGCUCAUCAUGCAGCUCCUGCGGGACAACCUCACCCUGUGGACCAGCGACCAGCAGGACAGCGAAGGAGGAGACGCCAAUAACUGAGGGAUCGGCCACUUCUAGCUGUAGUAGCACCCGUUUGUCCCUUCUACACUGUCUUCUUUGAAGCUCUAUCUUAUUUCUCUCUGUCUGCUCCUUCAUUCUCUCUCUUUCUUCUCCAUUCCAUCUUUCCUGUCUCUUUGUGACACCUCAAUGCUCUUUUUUGGUUCCUCAGGGCAGCACUUCCCUCUCUUUAGAUCUCUCUCACCUCUUUUACCCCUUUUGCACCAACAGGAAGCCGGUACCUGGAACCGUUCCAUUGCGGAAAAGGCGGUUCUGAGAUGGCAAACCUGGAUAAUUGUCCAAGUUGUCACUUGUCCAAGUUCUCAAAACAACUGCACCCCUUUCAUUAUAAUAUAAAGCAUUCAGUUGAUGCAUAGUGUCAUUUUAUUCUUUAUGCAUCACUUGUGAUGUAUUUUGAAUGCUAAUACGAAUUGCAGUUCUUACUGCAACUGGUAAAAUUCACAAGCAAAAACAAACAGAAAUGAAAUUAUUUACAAAUAUCAUACAUGCAAAUUGAUUAUUAGCAUACAGAAAAUUUGACAGCAAAAAUAAAAUUGUUCAAAUGGCUUUUAAAAAUUCUAAAAACUAAAAGCAUUUUAAAAAAUAUUCAUAAAUUGAAUUCUGACACUAACUGAAAUUAAUUUGAAUAUUUAAAUGUAUUCUCAACAUUCACAGCAUAUUAAAUAUAAUUAUUUCUCUUGAUAGCACUGAUUCAGAUUAUUUUUAGUGCUAAUAUGUUCAAAAUUUGCAGUCAAAUAAUCAUAAACAAGUUGUUGAGUCCUCAAGCCAGUUCUGAGACCAUUUUGGUGAAAAAGGGGUAUUUAUCCACCCUCAUUUUCCCAACCUAUUCCUCUCUUCCUGUCCUUGACCUGUUUUUCUGUAUACGAUUCUCUUCUUUCUCCCCGCAACGAGUCGCUGAUAGCCUGCUGGUCUCCACGUGACAUUUAUUUAGUGUGUACUUGUAAGGACUCGAUCUUUGUAGAAACUCUGUAACACUUAUUACAGGAUGAGAUCUUGAGUACGUGGCACAGUAUAGUGCUGAUGUUACACCUUAUUACGUUGUUCUUCUUCACUUGUCUUUAAACUGUACCUCCAUCACUGCUUAGAUGUGUUUGUCUGUCGUUCCCCGAGCUCACCUUGUACACCUUGCUAGCCCUGUGAAUUGUGUAUAUCUGCUGAUCUCGCAACAGCACGUUGUUGUCCAAAAUGUGGGCGGUACUCUGUUACGAGACGCAGUGAUCAAAAGUCUUUUGAUUAGGAUUACAUAUGCAAGGUUAUGUAAGAAUGACAUUAAAGACAUUGCUUACCAUG